UCUAAGAAACCAAUAUCUUUACAUACACCUCUCCCUCUUUCUCUGCAGCCUAGCUUGGUUCUUCUUCUUCAAUACCAGAGUUUAUAGAGGAAGAUGAAGAAGUCAACUUGUAUACCUCUAAUGGUGGAGCCUAGGAGGCAGAUAUCAUUUAGAUGCUUCCUUUCUUCUAUCCUUUUGCUUUCUGCAGUUUUCUUCAUAGGGAGUGCAUUUAUAAUUACAGAUUAUAAAGAGAAGUAUUUGUCUUGUGGAUCAUCUGAUAAUAUGCAGAAUACAAGAUCUAAGAUGUGUGAGAGUCAAUCCAUGCCCCAAGGAAGUGAAUCACUACCUAAGGGAAUUGUCUCAAAAAAUUCUGACUUGAAAAUGCGACCAUUAUGGGGCCCCAUGGAUAAAAAGAACUCGAAGUCAUUCACAAACUUAUUGGCCAUUGCAGCUGGCAUAAAGCAAAAAGAAAGUGUGAAUAAAAUUGUGAAGAAGUUUCUGUCAAGUGAUUUUGUGGUGAUGCUUUUCCAUUAUGAUGGCGUUGUGGAUGAUUGGAGAGAUUUAGACUGGAGCAACCGUGCCAUACAUGUUUCUGCUAUUAAUCAAACUAAGUGGUGGUUCGCCAAGCGUUUUUUACAUCCUGAUAUUGUGGCUGAGUAUGCCUACAUCUUCCUCUGGGAUGAAGAUCUUGGAGUUGAAAAUUUUGAUGUUGGAAGAUAUCUUACAAUUAUUAAAGAAGAAGGGCUUGAGAUAUCACAGCCAGCACUUGACGCUAAUAAAUCUGAGGUUCAUCAUCAUCUCACAGCAAGAGAUAGAAGAUCAAAAGUGCACAGGAGGACUUACAAGAUGAUUGGUAGAAGGAGGUGCAAUGAAAACAGCACAGAGCCUCCAUGCACAGGGUGGGUGGAAAUGAUGGCUCCUGUUUUCUCAAGUGCAUCCUGGCGUUGUGCAUGGCAUAUGAUUCAGAAUGACUUAGUUCAUGCAUGGGGCUUGGAUUUUCAGCUGGGCUACUGUGUACAGGGUGAUCGGACUAAAAAUAUUGGAAUUGUUGAUUCCGAAUACAUUGUCCAUUAUGGUCUUCCUACACUGGGGGCGUCUGUGACGAACAAGAAAGUUGCUGAAACACCUAAUCAAUCUGCCCAAGAUACGAGCUCGAGUGCAGGACCACAGGCAGCAUCAAGGUCAAAUCAAUCUGAUGGUAGAACUGGGGUGAGAACUAGAUCCUAUAUUGAACUAGAGAUCUUCAAGAAUAGAUGGAAAAAAGCAGUAAGGGAGGAUUAUUGCUGGGUUGAUCCAUAUCAGAAACCUGCAGCAAAGAAAACGGUUGAGAAGUUGAUUGCUGAAGAUAUACACAGGAUCACACACAGGCAUUGACCUAAAAUAGAAAGAGGAGGACAAUAGGGCAGCUUUGUAGAGAUCAAGUUGUGAAAUACGUUUUCCCAAAUGUUAGAAUAUUUUAUACUCUAUAUUUAGGCCUUAUAGGUCUAUUCCCUUCCUUAUUUAGUCUAGGUUUUUUUUUUUUUUUUUAAUUUUUUUAUUCAUCACACUUUAAAGUGUCUAUAAAUAGAGAUCAUUGUAAUACAGUUAUUAUACAUCAAUAGUCAAUAUGUAGCCUUAAGAGUUUCCAUCA